AUGUCCAAUGACGACGUCAUGGCCGUCGACCAAAUGGAUUCCAGUGAAGAAGAGUUUCAAAAUGAAUUGCAAGAAGUUUAUGAGUUGCAAAGGAAGUCAAAAGAGAAGUUCCGUAAGUCAUUCAAGACUUACAAAGAUACGAAGAAGAGAGUCAAAGAACUGAAGAGGAGCAGACAGCCAUACUAUCCUGUAGUCGCCUUGACACAGCCUCAGGAUCAGAGUCAGCCCUCGCAGUCUUCUCAGAACCAAGCACCCUUGCAAAAGUCCAACUUCAAAUAUGACAAGAAAUCAUCGAGCAAGCCUUAUGUCAAGGGUAAGAAAGAUGGCGGCCGUCCUUCCAAGAAGGAAGAAGCAAACAUGACCGAGUCUGUGCUGGUCAGUUCAUUUGCAUACAUGGCAGAAGCCUCUCCAAGUUUUGCAACUGCAGCCAACACAUGGACCUCCGAAGAAGUUUUGCUUGCAAGUAUUCCUGAAGGUCAUGCAAUUUUGGAUACGGGUUGCACAACGUCAGUCAUAGGAAGUGACACAGCAGCCAAGUUUCAGGAGUUCUUGAGACGUAUGAAGGCCAAACUUGACCUCGGCCAAAAGUCCAUUACAAGUGAGCACCAUGGUAUGUUCAAUGUGCCGUUACGGCAAGCUGCCAAUGGUCACUUCUUGAUGCCGCUGUACGAGAUUCCCAAUGAUUUCCAUGUAGAAGAAUCACAGCUUGCAGAAUCGAUGAUUCGUGCUGACGCCCAGCCAUGUCAGCCUGAGUAUGAGCCCAAUGAUGCAGAAGCUGCCGAAACUCCAACGCCAUCCGAGCCUUUGCAGAGCCCUGGCCCAUCCGAGGAGCCUGAAGCGGUUCGUCGCGAGCUCAGUGAAUGGUUAGAUGUCCAGCAGAACGACAUGCCUCCAGCCAGCACUCAAGAGUAUGUCUAUGCGUUGGACGACGAUGAGCUUGCAGAAGAUAUGCCAGUUGAAGCACCAGCCGGUGACGCACAGAAGCAACAAGUUGAGAAAACAGCACGAGCAAAACAAAUUGUGAUGAAACUUCACAUCAACACUGGACAUGCAUCACCGGAGCAGAUGAUGCGAUUCGGCCAGGACAAUCUCUCCAAAGCGUUUCAUGCAGUUUGGACCCGUCCGUAUGGUGCACCUAAGACAGUUUACAUGGACCCUCAACAAACCAAUUUGUCAAAGGAUGCAGCCAGAGCCUUCCUUGAGGCUCAUGCUAAGGAUGUUUGGCGUAGAGCCAUUGCAAGUCGCAACAGGUUGCAUCCGGAAGCCGAAGCUGCAGAGCAGAACUUGCGUGAAAAAGCUGGCCAGUUUCAUGACCUGACGCAAGAACUACCACCUGAUGAUAAUGACUUUGAACUAGAAGAUGAUGUACAGGAAGAGCCUGAUGAUGAUGACAUGGAAGUGCCUGAAGCUGCAGCAUCAACAGCAGAUGCACCGCCAGCCGAAGCCGCAGAGCCUUCAGCUCCCAGCCUUCCUCCGCAUGAGGAUCCAGAGUUGGGUCGAAUUGCCGCGGAUAGCCCCACGCUCCGAAAGGAAUCCAAAAGUUUAGUACUUUCUCUGUGCGCAGCCAUGCACUGGAAGUUGUGGGGAGCCGACAUCAAAACGGCGUUCUUGUCGGGACAGUUAGCCUGGGUAGCAAAUUCAACUCGGCCAGAUCAGGCGUUCCUGUCGUCUUACUUGCAGGGCAUGCAGGACAAAGGAACCGUGUCCCAUGUGCAGCUUUACAACAAGGCAGUCCGUGAGAUGAAGGAAAGUAAGAUUUGCCUCAAAUUCCCUAGUGAUGUUCCCAUCAAAGACUGGCGCAUCAUGGCCAUAAGUGAUGCUGGUUGGGGUACUAGAGGAAACGGUGAGUCUCAAGGUGGAUACUUGUUGUGCCUGGUAGCCAGUCCCAUGCUUCAGCAGAAGCCUGCACGAUGUUGGAUCGUUGAUUGGUCGUCAAAGAAAUUGCGCCGUGCAGUUCGUUCAUCAGUAGCAGCAGAAACUCUAGUAGGACAGAAUGGUCUGGAUGCCAUAGAGAUGUUCCAAGCACUAAUGGCUGAAACAAUAGAUGGAACAUCCCCAAAGGAGUUUCGUAAUCUCAAGCCUCAACAUCCAGCUGCACUUGUAGUGGAUUCAAAAGGGUUUUACGAUGCUGUCACAAGAAGUUGCUGCAGUCAAUCCAUUUCAGUUGAACGUAGGCUUCAAAUUGAUUAUGCCAUUGCUAAGGAAACUAUGGAGAAUCAAAACAUAAUAGCCUUUUGGAUCAACAACUUGAGAAUGGCCGCAGAUGUGCUUACCAAACUCAAAGCAGACAAUCGUCCCCUCUUUGAUUUACUCAAAAACUGGAUGUACCAUAUCAAACCAUGCACCGAGUCAGGCAGAAAAGAGAAGGCAAAAGGGAACCCUGGCAUUUUGCCAACACAAUAG